AUGGGUUGGGAGGACAACGCCGUAUUCUACUUUGUAUUUGCUUCUCUGACGUUUUUUGUAUGGAUGGACAUGAGUUUCUUCGGCGAAAUGCAAGAACAAGGAUUGAUUGCGAAUUCUACGGUCGCGAAAACAGCAAAAGUUUAUUCGAGAUUUCCUAUCAAGACGGUGAAGAUACGAAUGCAAGAUCACAUAAGCCACUACGUCUGGCUGCCUUUGUCCGAGCAUGUAGAUACCAAAUACGAGAUCUCAAAGUGCUCAUGGGUCAGCCCGAACCUUAUAAGCGGCCUUCAUCUUACUGUUGCAAUAAUAUCGGGCAGAUUGAUGUACGAGGAAAACAUUUGGAUACGACGCGUCGGUUGUAUCGUCUUUGAGUUUCGAUGCUUUUUGGACGUUUUCGACGGCGUCAUUUAUAGAGCACAGUCGAACAUGAAGACGUCGUUUGUGAACGGUUGGGGCACGUACGGCUAUUUUAUAGACGCCGCGGCUGAUUUUAUAGGCUGUAUUUUGGUCCUAUCUGCUUGUAUUUUGUAUUUUUUAAAAUGUCCACCAGUGAAACGAAAGGAAUACCCGAACGACGACGCCGAAAUGGCUCUAAUGAUUGACUAUCACGGCAAGUCAAAUUGCCAGUACAAGGAAAAAGUUAUUGUAUUUUAUGAAAGCAAGAAGAAAAUAUUAAUAAUGAUGAUAGCAUAUGGGAUACAGAUAUCAGCCCGGUCAUUUUUUUGGGAUCAUUUCUUACAUGAAUAUCACACACUUCUCGAAGUGAAAUCCGAUGCCAUCUCGCCGGUGAGUAAUAAGCACGAAAUAUCAAUUCUAUAAUCUUUUGAUUAUUUUAGUUAUUUGCUGAAAAUUACUGUUGCCCAUAAAAGUUUGCGAAUUUUAUACGAUUUGUACACAGACAGGCUCUACUGUCUACUUUCGAUUGGGGCAAUUUGAAAUUCAAAUUUUUCAAAAGACGAUUUGUACAAAAUAGGAAGUAUUAAAAUGCCGGCUUUAUUUACAUAUUACUUGUGCAAUGUAACAUGGUCUUGGUAAAAGCGUGCAUGUAUACUUUAUUUGGACACUUGGGGCAUAUUUAUCAAUAUUUUUGAAAUCCAAAUCUACUUAGUGAAAUUUCACGGUAUAUUGGUUUGUAAUUACAGUUAAUAUUAAUAAUGUAUGGCUGCGUGGCAACAACAUUUUUCUCUUGAAUGUAUUAAAAAAUAGACAGUUUGUCAGUUUAUAAUCUACCGCAUGGUUCUUUAUUAAUUAUAAUCUAAAUAAAAAUCUAGAUAUUUCGGCUAGCCAGAUCGUCUGGUUCAUGUUCAGACUAGGAAAUUGCCAUUUAUAGCUAUUACUUAUUACUGUAUAAUUAUGCAAUUAAAUAUAUGCAGAUUUCAGCCCCAACUGAAAUCGUUUGGCCGUGCCACGAUAACUUGUUGUUCAAGCUCCAUUCAUUCGACACAUGAAAAGUUCGACUUGGCUUAUGCCUCCAAGUUGCUGAUUUUUCAAAUACGGCAAUUGUCUUAACCCAUUGAGCCGCAAUGCGCCCCAGUGCGGCAUACUUAUUUUUUACUUGUCUAACGCAGACAAUUUUACUCUUCAAUGGCGAAGCUCUGCAGCUUCAAUGGGUUAACCAAAAAAUCUGACAAUGUCUCUAGUUAACCCAUUGAGCCGCAAUGCGCCCUACUUAUUUUUUUUACUUGUCUAACACCAGACGAUUCUACUCGUCAAUGGGGAAGCUCUGCAGCUUAAUGGGUUAAUCUUAUUGUAAGAAGCAACUGCUAUUGACCACGGUUAAUAGAAGGAGGAUGGUUAGGCUAGCUGGACCACGUGACAAAUAUGUUAUUGUUCUCAUUUUAUUCAUGUCACGUGACGAGAUAGGGGGACGCUUCGCAGGAGUGUAAUAGAAAAUAUAUUGUUGACAUGGCUUUUGUGAUGUAUAAAUUUACGUAUUUUCGAUUGUAUACGCCUGAUUUGAUCACGGAUUUGAUUUAUACUUCGAAGUUCGGAAUGAUCUGAUCGUAUUCACAAGUUUUAAAGGUAUUGUUGAUUGGUUUUGAGAUAUAACCACGCUAUGCUAAGUGUAUAUUCACAUAUUCCAUUCUCAAGUGUUCGAGGAUUUUCAUACUUAAAGACGAUACUUUUGGAGUUUGUCCGGGAAAAACUGCUCUGCUUUUGGUCGUGAGAGUUGCGGUAGACACAAUGAACGAUAAAAUACCCAGUGUUUUUAGGACGACGGAUGGAGAACAGCUCGAGUAGAAUUGCUAAGGCCGCUAUUAUUAAAGAGAUCUGACGUCG